CUACGCUGUGUACUUUUAUUAACCGACAAGACUCCAGACGACGAGGAAGAAGUACGCAGAUUCAAAUUAAACGACGAUUUAUUCGCACCACCGUGUGGCAGUGCUCCACACGGUGGUGAUAUGAUAUAGCACACUAAAGAUACCCAACGGUCGUCAACGGUCCGGUACUGCAAUGGGUAGCCCGCUGUCACCGGUGUUAGCAGACAUCGUGAUGGAUAGCAUCAUCAGCAGAGCAAUCAAUGUAGCAAACAUCCCACCGCAGUACAUCCGAAAGUAUGUAGACGACCUGUUUUUGCUGAUCCACAAGGAUCGGGUGCAGGAGGUACUCGAAAUAUUCAACCGGCAAAACGAAAGCAUCAAAUUCACAUGCGAAGUUGAAGAGGAAGGGAAGCUCCCAUACCUGGAUAUGUUGAUGAUCCAAUCGGGAGAAGGGAGAAUAAAAACCGACUGGUAUUCGAAGCCGAUAUCGUCCGGCAGAAUACUGAAUUUUUUCUCCUUUCAUCCCAUUGAUCAAAAACUGGGGGUUGCAACGAACUUCAUCAAUCGAGUUCGGACCCUGAGCACCGUCCGGACAGAGGAGGAGAAGAACCAGCUCAUCCAGAGACAGCUUUCAAGCAAUGACUACCCACUGCACCUAAUAAACAGAAUGCUGCAUCAACCGAGACCACCCGAAGUAGCAGACACACCGAACACAUACCGAUCCGUGGUGCACAUCCCCGGCCUAACACCAACCAUCAGGAAAAUACUGAGGCGAAAUGUUCCGUCUGUUGGCAUCGCAUGUAGCAACAACAACACAGUGAAACAACUGUAUAAAACUACUAAAGACCCCGUUCCGUACAUGCAGAAGUCCAAAGUCGUGUACAAAAUAGCAUGCAGAGACUGCCCCGGUUGCUACAUUGGUAUGACUAAGAACCAGCUGCGCACGAGAAUGUAUGGUCAUCAAACGUUGAUAAACACGUUGGAUAGGAAGCUCUCAGCUGGACUCUCAUACAAUGAUCCGGAGAUACAGCUACUAUCACAGAAGACUGCCUUGAUGGAGCACUGUAUACAGCAGCAGCACAGAUUCGAUGUAGGAAACCCAACAAUCAUUGACUGCUGUUUCAAAACACAGGCUCUCCCUGUUUUGGAAAUGUGCCACAUUCUCACCAAUCCACAUACAGUGAACCGUCGUACCGAUACGGAAGACAUGAGCGCUACCUACAGCUUUCUCAUCGCAUCGGUAGACGAUCUCCGAAGAGAAAACGAACGCACAGAUGGAUCGAGUAACCAACACAGAGAUACGCGACACACAACACAAGAUCACACCGUCGGCUAAUACCAUAUACACACGGAUAAACAGCUGAUCAGUAAAGGCGGCAGUCUGCACCGGCAGGUAGUACCUGUGCACCAGCUAGGGAUUUCCCAAACCCAACCGGAACGAAUGGCCCAGAAGUGUACCAGACGGCGUGACCCUUUUCAACCCGACGGUUUCAAAAUUGAACAAAUUUGUGUGACUUGUUGAUUUGUGUAUCGAGCCCUGAAGAUGGUCCAAUAGUCGGACCGAAACGUCGGCGAUGAUCAGUAAUUAAUCAACGCAAAUUGUUAGACUGCAAGCCGAAAUUUUCCAUGAAAAUCAACAACCAUCCAGUCGAAACCUAUUAACAAAACAACAUGGCGGAAACACACACGUC